AACCUCUUACAUUUCUCACACGUCCGGUGUUAUUGUUGCCUCUACUUAAGCUCCUCAGUUCCAUACUCAGUGUUGUCGUUUGUGUUCUACACAUUUAUUUGAUCGUGUAUGGCUGGAAUUCCAAUAUGCGUCCAAUGCGGCACCACUAGCAACCCUUGCCGGUGCAAGGUGGUUGGUCCAACUCUGGGGUUCUUGGCGUUUGCCGUGGCGGCGGUGGUAGAGUGGCCGGUGGGAGCUUUUGUUUACCUCUUUAAACACAGGAAAGGUCGCAGGAUCAUGGCACAUCCAGCGACUGUCGUUUACCCAUCAGUCACCAAUUCAAUUCCCGUUUAAUUAAUAGAUUUGAUGCUUUUGUUUUGUUUUCAGGUUCUUUGUGUUCCUUUUAUGUAAUGGCCACUGUGUUUCUUAUAUAUGCUAUAAUAAAAUAAUAGUGUGGCUUUGUGUACGCUAUUUAGUAUA